AUGUUAAGAUUCUACUGGGAUACGAUAAUGGCCGUUAUCUUCUUGUAUCUCUUCGUGACGGUUCCAUAUAUUAUGUGCUUCUACAGAAUCGGGAAAAGUAGCGGUCCCGAACGAUGGCACAUUGUGUAUCCCGCCUAUGCUGUUUGUAUUGUCGACAUACUUUUGAAUUUUAUGACUGGUUUCAUAUCCUCCGACGGAUACGAGAUUUUUCUUGAUGCUACUUUAACAACGCGGCAUUAUGUAAAAGGAUAUUUCUUCGUUGACUUGGUCAGCUCGGUACCGUACACAUGGUUCCACCCAUUGCGUAUUUUACCGCCUGGUCCUGAUUCGAAUUCGGCUUUACUUAUUGUCGAAUUUUUGCCUAUUUUGAAGAUAAUUCGUAUGCCUACGUUACGGCGCAAUAUUCAGCACAUCAAUAUAAUGUGUGGAAUACCGCGAACUAAAAAGGCAACAAUAUGGUUAGUUAUCAUAACACUAUUGAUUAUUCAUUGGAGUGGUUGUGUAAGUUACAUCUUUCCAUAUAUUGUCAUGCAUAUACGGGAGAGACCUAUGGAGGAAUCAGGCACAUAUUUUAUAUCAACUAAACUUUAUAAUAAGCCAAUCUGGAAGGUCUAUUUAAUAUUUGUUCACGUUGGAGUAAGCAAUUUGGUUGGUUCCAGUUCCAUUGAAUUUGAAAAUUUUGGCAUUUUGGACAGAAUGAUUCGAUGCGUAUUAUUACUGUGUGGAAAGGGUUAUACAAUCUAUCUCAUUGUAACGAUAUUGCAACUCUUGGAAUCGUCGGCUGAGCCGGAACUGAAGUAUCAACUCAUUAUGCAUCAAGUGAAGGAGUACAUCUAUCAGAAAAGGCUUCCGCGACAUCUGCAAGACAAGUUGAUUUCCUAUUACGAAUAUCGUUAUCAAGGCAGCUUUUUUAAAGAGAACAUUAUAUCCGAUACUCUUUCAAAUCACUUGAACCGAGAAAUUUUACUUCAUAGCAGCCGAAGAUUGCUGAACAACGCGAUUCUUCGCAACUUGACCCAUAACGUCCUUGGUCAUUUAAUGAGUUUAUUAAAACCGGUGUUAUAUCUCGAGGAAGAUAUAAUUUAUAAGGCAGGCACUGAAGGUGACUGCAUGUAUUUCAUAGCCAGCGGAACCGUCGUAUUGAUCACAUUCUCGGGGAAGGAGAUAUGUCACAUGCACGACGGCGACUACUUUGGCGAAACUGUUCUUGUUUAUCCUGAUCGAAGUAGAGCGGAAUCAGUGAUCGCCUUGGAGGUGUGCGAGUUGCUUCGUUUGAAUCGUCGCGACUUCAAGUAUCUUUUUCCGCCAAAAUCCGAAUUCUACGCUAACUUGAAACAAGUUGCCCAGGAACAUUUGGAGAAUAUCAGCAAGUUGACUGAACCAAGUUUCCAUGAGGGAGAAACGAUGUAGUUUUAUUCGAUUCAAGCAGGUUGCCAUAGUCACACCAGCCGUACGAGCCACACCAUCCAUCUCGUUAAUUGGUAGUCUCAUCUUGCGUCGCCUAUUUUUUCUUUCUGGAACGAGAAAAUGGGGUGAACGAUCGAAUGGAUGCGAUGGAUGCGAUAGAUAGGACGUCGCGAGAAUAAGUCAGUCUGAUUUAACGAGCAUAAAUGUGACCGAUAUGUAGGCAAAGGCCACACCUGCUUCCGUUUCCCACUGGCCUACUAAAACUGACGCCCGGCGUUGCUCAAAAUAGAACCGCCAUUCGAAGAAAAGCAGCUAGUCGCUCCGGCAAACUAGGAACACCAGAGAGAACGAAACAGAUAUACAGGUGUGUGCGUGUGCGCAAGGAAACGUGUAAGGUAAAAGAAGCGAUGAUAGUCGGAGA